AUGUCCUGGCUGGUAGACCUGGCGGGUAAGGCGGAGGAUCUGCUGAAUCUGGUGGAUCAGGGAGCGGCGACCGCGCUAAACAAGAGUAAGGAGGACGAGGACAUCGCGUGCAGCGCCACCGACUACGCCGGACCCCCUCCGGACAGAGCCAAGGAGAAGCACCCGACCUACACCACCAAGUCCGGCUUCAUCUCAUCCGCCGCCGACAACAUAAAGAGCCAGAAGGCCACUCUUCUCGCCGGCACGGCCAAUGGGAAGUCCGUCAGCAGGCCGGGCCCCGAGACCUCCCACGGCGGCCCCUCCCCCCCCUCACACAGAACCUCCAGCCACUUCGUACGGAGGAAGAAGUCUGAGCCGGACGAUGAGCAGCUCUUCGAUUUCCUCAAUAGUUCAGAGAAAGUGCACAACGGGGCCCUGGAGGCCAGGAGGGAGCCCAGCAGGGAGGGGAGCGGGAACCCCAGCAGUGCCAAGACCACCCACAGCGCCUCCCCCAGGACUGAACGUUGGUCAGUUUUGUGUUCAAACUCUCAUUGCAUUCUGUUGGUGGGAUUUGUAUCAUUCACAGAUUUUCAGCCCGCAGACAACACUCAGGAAGAUAAAGUCUCGGACAGCAAAGCCUCAGACACGUCGUCCACCUCCAGCCACGGUAAUGGAGACCAGAAAUCCCACGAACUGUCCAAUCUCCGCCUGGAGAACCAGCUGCUCAGAAACGAGGUCCAGUCCCUGAACCAGGAGAUGGCAACACUCAUCCAGAGAUCCAAGGAGACCCAGGAAGAGCUGAGUGAAGCGAGGAUGCGGAUAGAGAAGUGGAAUGGCGACAAUUCCAAGAGUGACAGAACCGUGAGAGAGCUGCGGGCCCAGAUGGACGAUCUGACGGAGGCAGCGGCUGCCAAGGACUCCCAGUUGGCAGUACUGAAGGUGCGACUACAGGAAGCUGAUCAGUUACUGAGUAGCCGCACGGAGGCUCUGGACUUGUUGCAGAGUGAGAAAUCGAGGAUCCUGCAGGAUCACAGUGAAGGAAGCAGCCUCCACAACCAGGCCUUGCAGAGUAUACAGGAGAGGCUGCGGGAAGCAGAAGCUGCACUGAAACGAGAACAGGACGGCUACAAACAGAUGCAGAAUGAAUUUUCCGCUCGUCUCAGCAAGAUGGAAGCAGAGCGCCAGAACCUGGUGGACUCAGUGAUGGGGGCUGAGAAGAAACACAUGGAGGAGAAGAGGAGGUGCGACGAUCUGCAGCAGCAGCUGAAGGUUGCAAAGGCUGCGGCAGAGUCUGUAAAACAGGAAAUGAUGGAUUACAAGCAAAAAGCAACUCGCAUUCUGCAGUCCAAAGAGAAACUGAUCAGCAGCCUGAAGGAGGGCUCGGGCCUGGAGGGGUUGGACAGCCAUGUAGGCAGCAGCAUGGAGCUGGAGGAGAUGAGACACGAGAGAGACAUGCAGAGAGAAGAGAUCCAGAAACUUCUGGCUCAGAUCCAGCAGCUGAAAGCUGAGUUACAGGAUCUGGAGACUCAACAAGUGAGUGAAGCAGAAACUGUCAGGGAACAAGUGAAUGAUCUGCAGGAGCAGAUGGCGGAGCAAAGGAGGGGAAAGCAGGAGCUGGAGGCUGAACUGGAGCGCCAGAAACAGGAACUUCAGUACACACAGGAGGAUUUUCACAGGACCAAGAAUACACUUCAAGGGAGAAUCAGAGACCGAGAGGAUGAGAUCCAGAAACUCAGAAAUCAGCUUACGAACAAAGCGCUGAGCAGCAGCAGUCAGACGGAGCUGGAGAACCGGCUGCACCAACUGACCGAGACCCUGAUCCAGAAACAGACCAUGCUGGAGAGUCUGAGUACCGAGAAGAACUCGCUGGUCUAUCAGCUGGAGAGGCUGGAAAAUCAGAUGAAGACCACCCAGGGGAGCGGAGGGGGAGGGUCCUCCAUCAAUAUGUCCGCCGUGGACAGCGGAGAUGGUGCCCGUCUAAGAAGUGUCCCAGUUUUGUUCAGCGACUCGGACACAAACAUGGCCGGCGUGUACGGCAGGGUCCGGAAAGCUGCGACCACCAUAGACCAGUUUAGUAUCCGUCUCGGCGUUUUCCUGAGAAGAUAUCCUAUCGCUCGAGUAUUUAUUAUUAUUUAUAUGGCGCUCCUGCACUUUUGGGUGAUGAUUGUACUUCUGACCUACACCCCAGAAAUGCACCAUGAUCACCCCUCCGGGGAAAUAGCCGUGAGACUUGCAUUGCUGCGGUUGUUCAGCUGUUUUAGGACUGAUCUCUAUAUCACAGCAGCGGAACCUUCCGGCUAG